AAUGUUGUGGAGAAACGAAAAAAAAAAAAAAAAGUAUUUCAUGCAAAGAGAAGGCUAUAGUUUAGCUAGCACACAUAAAAACGGGUAAUUAGGCCCAUUUAUGCAGCCCAAUCAAGCUAAAUUCAGCGGAUCUAUUAAACAGCCGCGUUUUUUAGUGAUGAGAUUGGGUAAAGCGGUAACAGCCGAUGGCCGGCCCGAUGCUUCUCGAGUCUCUUUCGACUUGCUCUGUAAGUUCGUUUCAUUGCACCGUCGGUAAAUUACAAAUUCAAGUGAGAGCACAAGAAACACCCCUCCUUCAAUAACAUUCUUUGCUUCGCGACUUUGUAAUAAGCCUUUAUUCACUCUUUCUUUUCACGUGUUUUGUCUCUCGGAUGCUUCUCUGAUACGCCUACGCAAUUGUUUAUCUGGAAAAGGACUCGUGUUGAAAGCUUUUAUGAAAAGGAUAUGAUGAUUUGUUACUCUCCAAUCACAACAUGUUCUAGGAAUUUUAUCCAUAUCAAGAGGCAUUUAAGCACUCACCUUCAAGGAUCAUCAUAUAAGUCCUGCUGUUACAGUCUUUUCUCAGGGCUUUCUAGAAAAGAUUAUGCCGGUUUUGGUGUAUCCAUCUCUAGUAGUGUGCUGGAUAAAAGACUUUGUGGGUCGGUAUUGAUCAAUCGAUCAACCGUUGGUCCUAAGGAUAAGCUUGAAGUUUCUUUCUUGUCACCUGAUGCCAAAAAGAAAUGCUCUGAGAUAAAUAGCAACAUGAGAAACCUCUAUUGGUUUUCAAGAUUUGCUUAUACGGGUGUGGUUGUUAGCUUGCUUGUUUGUUAUUCUUCGGCUUCUCAAUCAGCUUACGCUGAUGCUUCAAGGGAUAACAGUUCGUCUGAUGGUAAAUUCCACAAUGGGAAAAGAGUCUACACUGAUUACUCUAUCAUUGGUAUUCCUGGGGAUGGUAGAUGCUUGUUUCGUUCUGUAGCUCACGGAUUUUGCUUACGCUCUGGAGAACGGGCCCCAGGCGAGAAGACACAAAGAGAACUUGCUGAUGAAUUACGUACAAGGGUUGCUGAUGAGUUUAUUAAAAGAAGACAGGAAACAGAAUGGUUUGUGGAAGGAGAUUUCGACACAUAUGUAAGACAAAUUCGGAAGCCACAGGUGUGGGGAGGUGAACCAGAACUCUUCAUGGCUUCACACGUUCUUCAGAUGCCAAUCACAGUGUAUAUGAAGGACGAGAAAGCUGGAGGAUUGAUAUGCAUUGCAGAAUAUGGUCAAGAAUACGGUAAAGACGAUCCAAUCCGAGUCCUUUACCAUGGUUUUGGUCAUUACGAUGCUCUAUUGAUUCACGAGGGUAAAACUUCAAUUCCAAAAUCUAAACUUUAGCAAAUUUCGCUUAGCAUCUUGAACUUUUGUCAGGUGUUGAUGAUGUUUUUGUUUCUGACACAACCAUAUAUGUCUUGUAGAAUGUAACCUUUCUAUUAAAUUUACCUUUUAAUUCGAAUAAAAUUUGUAUGCUCA